AUGGUGGAUUACUACAGAGUCCUUGGACUGCAAAAUGACGCCUCACAGGAUGAUAUUAAGAAAUCGUACCACAAGCUAGCACUAAAAUGGCAUCCUGAUAAGAAUCCCAAGAACAAGGAGGAAGCUGAGAAGAAAUUCAAAGAAAUUGUUGAAGCGUAYGAGACUUUGUCCGACCCCCAGAAGCGAUCACUCUAUGACAUGUCUGUUGAGGAGAGCAGAAUCCACUGUGAAAGAGCUUCAGGGGGUUAUGACACCUUCUGUUGCUCUCCUUAUGGAUUCCCCUAUCACGAAGAUGUCUUUGAAGGGAUAUAUCCAUUCACGUGUAUUUUCUUGAACCCUUUUGACAUCGGACUCAAUGGUGAAACCUGGUACAGUGCAAGUGGAAGAGGAGGAUGCUCCAGGGAGCCGUUCAUGCAAUGGAGUUCAUUCUGCCCCAGCGGGCACUCYGGCCCCUUGUUUGCUGAAAACACAACUGGGCUACGUGGUGUCAGAACAGUGAUAACCACUACUGAAGUGGUCAAUGGCAAGACCAUCACCACCCGGAAAAUCAUUGAGGAUGGGAAGGAGACAAAAGAAGUGGAAGAAGAUGGCCGGCUGAAGUCUGUGACAAUCAAYGGGAAAGACUACACGAAUUCUCAACGUCAGGAGCACAAGAAAUAA